CUGUCAUUAUUACUGCCUGCCUGUUAAAAGGGUGAGCAAGGCUGGCUUCUUCUCUUUCCCUGCCCCUGACCUGCCAUCACAUCCUUCAGCACUGAUGGUGAAGGUGCUUCACGCUCCCCGCAGAGAACGGCCUCCUGGCAGAGCACACAAUGCAGACCAAUCUGCAUGCCCUUAAGAAGAUCCUGGCCUUCUGGACUGCAUCACAACGGGACACACAUGCAGGAAAAGGAUGCACUGACCUGUCUCCCAGCCCACUCAGUCCGGAUUGUGUGACCACUGAGUUUCAGCCCAGCAAAACCACAUGGUCGGGAGGAGUUAAGUUACGGCUGAAGACCAGGCGGAGUGAAACUCCAGGCCGGCCUCAUUCCUGGCAUUCAAGCAAACUUGCGGAGAACCAGCCCAAUCCCAGCAUGAUGCAAAUAUCUCAGGGUACGCUUGGCACCCCUUGGCAUCAGUCCUACCACUCCAGCUCCUCCACCAGUGAUCUCUCUGGCUAUGAGCAUGGCUAUCUGAGGAGAAGUCCUGACCAAUACAGCUCCCGGGGCAGCAUGGAGAGCUUGGAUCACUCCUCCCCCAGCUACCACCCUUGUCACCUGUCCCCAGCCAAGUCCACCAACAGCACCGAUCAGCUCUCCCACCUCCACAACAAGAGAGACUCUGCCUACAGCUCCUUCUCCACCAACUCCAGCAUCCCCGAGUACCCUGCUCUUCCAUUCAGCAAGGAGUACUCCUGCUCCACAGACAGCACGCAGCCCCAAGGCGGCCCUCACGAGAGGAUGAGGCAAGCUGACAUCAGGUAUGUCAAGACAGUCUAUGAUGCCCAGCAGGGGAUCUCCAAGGAAUAUGAGGUGAAGUCCUCUGCCUUGCUUCCAAGCUGUGAGGCUCAGGCUUCACUGGACGGUUGUGGCCACAGCAGGCUCUUCAGCCGGCACAAGACAGCUCCCUCCUGGGCUCAGCCAGGCCAGGGCUCCUUGGACAGCAAAACCCAACCGCCCAAGGGACCUCCCUUGCCUCCCACCCGCAGUGACAGCUAUGCAGCAAUCAGACAUCACGAGAGGCCCAGCUCAUGCACUGGCCUUGAUCUGAACAAGCCUGGUCGAACACAGCUGAAAGGGACCUGGCCUCUGUUUGUCAGCACCCUGUCCCAGGGGCCAGUGCUGAAAACCCCCUUUGGAGAAGGACAUCUGCACACCGUGGUGGAGAAUAGCCCAGAGAGCAGCCCCAUCAUGAAGCCCAAGCAGAGCUACUCCCAGCCAGCGCAGCCAGGGCAGCCCCUGCUGCCUACUGGUGUCUACCCAGUACCCUCCCCAGAGCCGCACUAUGCCCAGGUGCCCCAGCCUUCUGUAAGCAGUAAUGGGAUGCUUUAUCCAGCACUGGCCAAAGAAAGUGGGUACCCUCCUCCAAUUCCAGCCUCUUAUGACAAGGCCAUAGCCAGCAGCACCCAGGGCCUUGACGAGAAUGAAAGCCAAAGCACUACAAACAGAUCGACCAUCUUCUACCAGCCCCUAGCAGCUGAGAUAAAGCACGAUGCUGCAGCAAAGGCUCUUCAGCAAAAAGCUCCAAGCGUGGCAGGCCCAGAAGUCUGCCUGACCACCUCAAGAAGGGAGGAGUUGUUACCUCCUUACAAAGGAGUACACAGCAGCCGAGAGACCUGCACGAGUACUGCACAGGUCUCCAAACACAGCUUUCAAGCUCCGCAGCCCCAGCUGAGGGAUCCUGGUGAGAGAAGAGACCAUCACGAGCCCAAAGAGGACUGGACAGCUGCAUCCCAGGAGGACAAAAAUGGCAGUGCACAGAUAAACGAGAGAGAUGCUGCUGCUCAGCACCAGUGGUGUCACAGCAAGGCCCAGCUGUAUGGCUUCUCCUCCCUGCAGAACAUCCCAGAGAGCUCCAGGAGGCAAAGCAACCCUGAGGUCAGAGAUGUGCAACUGGGUGAGAGUUAUUCCAACACCAAACCGUCCUUCUUGAGCAGUAGCAGCAAAGAGAAGGAUCACAGGGGACAGGGGCACAAACAGUGGAGUGAUGUGGACCCACAGGCCUUUCCAAGGCAGGAGGAGGGAGGCAGGAGUGUCACUCCAUUCCAUGCUGCUGAGCCAAAGUGUGAGGAGCCCCCUUCUCCACAGCACCCAAAGACCUCUGAUUUCGGGAGGAGCCAGCUCAGCUCUAGCAGCACCCAAAGCUUUCCCUAUGGCAAACCAGAUGCUGGCAAGUCCCGCUGCUCGGUGCUGGAAAAGGUCAGCCAGUUUGAGCAGCGAGAGCAAAGCACUAACCAGCCCCAGGGUGCUGGUAUUCCCAGCUUUGGCCAGCACUACGGGCCGACCAGGACCAGCCAGCCCUCCAGCGUGAGGUGCUCUCUGUACAGCCUGGAGGACAUGCAGAGCAAGUUCCGUGAGCCCAGCCAGCUGCCCUGCGAGCCAGGCAGGGUCUCCAGCCCCUCCAUCAGGAAUGGGAAGCUGGAGGAGGCUGACUGGCGCCCUGUAGAGCUGCAAAUGGUGGCUUCGGUGAAGCAGGCAAGACCCAGCGAAUACUACAACCUGUGUCCUGAAAAUGAAGCACAAAUAAGGGCAGCUCAGCUCCCAAGGAGUAAAAGCACAUUCCAGCUGGGAGCUGAGCCUGAGAAGGAAGUCCUAUGGAAGGAUAACAUCCACGAUGCCCACGGAUCGCAGCUGGACACACCAUUUAACAGAGCUUACAGGAACAGCAUUAAAGAUGCUCAGUCCAGGGUCCUGAGGGCAACUUCCUUCCGUCGCAUCAGCCCCCCAUUCGGGAGCACACCCAAGAGGACGACACAGAGGCCUGCUUCAGCCCAUGUGGGCAUGAGGAGCGUGGUGACAUCUCCACACACCCCGAAAGAGAGGCACAGUAUCACCCCAACAGAAGGCAGCCUGUCCGCCCUGGACUACACCAAGACACAGCAGGUCUUGCGCAUCGGGGGCCGAAAGCGGCUGACAGCAGAGCAAAAGAAGCGGUCUUACUCGGAGCCAGAGAAGAUGAACGAGGUGGGCAUCUCUGAUGGGGAGCCAUCGCCUUUCUCCUUGCAGAAGAAAAGCAUCCAUUUUGUGUUCCCAGAGAAUACGGUGGCUGAUCGGCGUAAGAUCUUCGAAGGGGAUAGCAAAGCUUCUUCCACAGCCAGCCUCUCCAAGCCGGAGCUCAAGCAGCUCCAGCAGACCGCCCUUGCUGACUACAUUGAGCGCAAAACAGGGAGACGUCCAUCCUCACAAGACAUGGGGCUGCUGAGGGAGCGAUCCCACAGCUCCUACCUACAGCCGUGUGGCCCAGACAGCCAGAGCCUUUCUUCUGCCUCCAGCAUGAACUCUCUCCAGGACCAGAACCUUUACCGCCGGAGAGAGUCCAUAGAGCGGAUAUCCAGGACAAGGCAGAUAUCUUCUACUCUUCCUCCUGGUCUGAUGGGCUGCUUUGACAUGAGUGGAGAUGAGAAGAAGACAGGGUGCCAGGACAGCUCGGUCACAAGCCGACCGAGAACAGAGAGGUGCCGGGAUUACAGAGCCAAAACAGAGCUCAUCAAAGGCACGCAGACAGACCCUUUGGGCAUGCAGGGCCAGCAUCGCUACAGAAAGCAGGUCUUUGAGAUACCCUCCACUGCCAGGAAAUCUGGGAAAUCAGUGUCUGUGGAAGACUUGCUUGAUAGAUAUGACAAUCAGACAUUCCCUGUGCAUAUACGUUCCAGGUCGUCUCCCACAGCAGAUAAGAAACACCAGGACCUGCUGAGAAGGGAAAGCAGUGAAUUUGGCCCCAUGGUGAGAGAUCCAGUCUACGUGGUCAGUGCAGGAGCCAGGUCUUUCAGCAAGAAAGAAAGAAGCCACUCAGAAAAAAUGGCAUUCACCAGUUAUUAUCCCCAUCCUCACCACAGCAGCCAGGUGGUCACCGGGUCCACCACACUGAACGAGAACCACAAGCUCUCAGAACUUUCCAGGCCAGAUAGCAGGACUUCUGUGUUUGUCUCAUCCCCGACAGAGGCAAGGAGUCACUAUCCUGAGCAAAAGCAAGGCUUUAAAUCCUUGUUCCUUAACCUUACUCAUGGAUCUGGCCAGUCCUCCCCCAGUACACCCACCCCGGCUCCCUCAGACUUCCAGAGUGCAAGUGAUGGCCAGGCUCUGAGACAGCACCAUGCCAGACGAGAUGGUGUUCCCCCUGAGAGCAAUGGUAAUAUUCAGGCACAGUCUUUGGAUGCUGUCCAGGAUAGAUCCUCCAAGACUCCCACAGAAGACAUGAUGCGGAGAAGGAAGGCUGGGCUGCUCCACAGAUCUGUGCCACCCAAAGUGGUGUGGGCCCAUUCAGUCAAAGACAACAGCUACCUGAGGGCUAUGGUGUCUCCUCCACAGUUCCCGCAGAGGUGGCAGUCCCUGCCGACACAGAGCAGCACUUCUUCUGACCCAGAGACUCCUUCUCCCCAGGAGACAACCCCUCUGCGGAUCUCAGAGUCAGGGUUGCAGCUCACACCCCCACUGCUGCAGGAUGAGGAGGAUGAUGAGGUGUUUGUCAUCCCUUCCCAGCCCAGGGCCGUUGCACCAGCCUUCUCACCCACCUCACUGCCAUCCCAGCCUCUUCCUGAGCUGAGCUCUUACACUUCUGCCAACAGCACAGAGGAAUUCCCUCCUCCUCCUGUGGCCCCUGAGGGGAAUGGGGCAUCUGGAGACAACUCCACCAGUCUCACAGAGGACGCCAAAGUGAGCAGCUUCAAAAGCUUUCCCAAAGCCCUGGCUGAGUGGGAGAUAACAGGAUGGGGCAGCGGUGUCCAUGAAAAUAAUUGUCCCCUCUCCCCAUCUGCAUCAAAGAGGACUAGCUCUCCAUCUGCUGUGGAUAAACAGCACCAGUUACCUGCUGCUUCUGAAGCGCCUCAAAGUACUGAUAGGCAGCCCAUAACUCAACCUGAAGGAAACCACAGUGAGCCAGCAGUCAUCACCAGAGAACUGGAAAAAGGCAGCCUGGAUUCCGGGAUACAGAGUGCAGCAUCUCCAGUGAAAACAAAAACCCUAGAGGAUAUUAAGUCAGAAGCUCUAGCAAAAGAAAUUGUCCAUAAAGACAAGUCUCUGGCUGAUAUCCUGGAUCCAGAUUCCAAAAUGAAAACAACCAUGGACUUAAUGGAAGGGCUUUUCCCCAGUGGAACCAGCUUGCUGAAAGAGAACAACAUGAAGAGGAAGAUGACACAGAAGAAAGCUAACAGGACAGUGGCUGAAGAUGACACGAGAGAAGAAAAGGAAGCUCCUGUAACCCUGGUCACCUGUCCUGCAUAUUACAGUGUUUCAGCACCCAAGGCAGAACUGCUGAAUAAAAUCAAGGACUUGCCAGAAGAAGAAGGUGAGGAAGAGGAGCUGCUGGACAUAAAUGAGAAGAAGGCUGAGCUCAUCGGGAGCUUAACCCACAAGCUGAAAAUCCUGAAGGAAGCCAAGGAGGGCCUGCUUGCAGACAUCAAGAUGAAUAAUGCUCUUGGAGAGGAGGUGGAGCUGUUGAUCAGCAAGCUAUGCAAACCUAACGAGUUUGACAAGUACAAGAUGUUCAUUGGCGAUUUGGAUAAGGUGGUGAACCUCUUGCUCUCCCUCUCUGGACGCCUGGCCCGUGUAGAGAACGUUCUGAGCAGUCUGGGGGAAGAUACCAGCAGUGAAGAGCGGAGCUCACUGAAUGAGAAGAGGAAGCUGCUGGCUGGCCAGCAUGAAGAUGCCCGGGAACUGAAGGAAAACCUUGACCGUCGAGAACGGGUGGUCUUGGAGAUCCUGGGCAACUACCUCUCUGAGGAGCAGCUCCAGGAUUACCAGCACUUUGUAAAGAUGAAGUCUGCACUCCUCAUAGAGCAGCGAGAGCUAGACGAUAAAAUCAAACUGGGUCAGGAGCAGCUCAAGUGCCUGAUGGAGAGCCUCCCUGCAGACUUCACACCCAGGGAUGCAAAGGCAGCAGCUGCCCUAGCUGCAGCACUUGCUACCUCUGCAGGGGUCGGUGGUAAAACACCUCCAGCGGUCUCCUCAUUCUAACCUUUCCCUGGGAUACACUCCUCCUGCUCAAGUCUAUUUAAUCCAGGUACUUGGCAGAUGGUUCUCUACAAAGACAAUGAACAGAGACAGGUUUAGAAUAAGAUUUUAACAAAGGAAAAAGAAAAAUAAAGGUUUUAUUUUCCUUUUCUUCCACCUCUGCUUCCUGGAAAUGUAAAACAGUGCGGAGGGAAAUCUCCUCCUGCCAGAGAUGGGGAAGAGUCUCAGGAGGAUUGAAGACACACAUGAAUAACAAAUAUGACCUCCUCUCUUCUCUUCCUUUUCUGCCUGCCUGGCACCUCAUUAAAUAAUGAAGGAUCUGAAAGAAUGAAGCCUUAAAAAUAAAACCCAACCCAUUCUACUGAACAUUAUUGAUAUUUAUAUUUUUAAAAGAACAAAACAGAAUGUGUAAGUUUUUGUACAUACCCUAAUCAGUUUCUUGAUUCUACUUUGCUCUGUAUGUAGAAAAGACAUUUAAUUUUGUAUUUUGUGAAAACCUUAACAAAAAGAGGGAACCCCAAAGAUAGUCAUGCGUUAGCUUGGAACAUCUCUUUGUGGUUUUGUUGCUGUUGUUGUUUUUUAAUGUAAUAAAGGGCUACCAGAAGAAGCUUCAA